UUUCUUUUUCUUUUUCUCCACACAUGUUCCAGCACUCUCAUUCUCCAUUCAUCUUCUCCAGCUCGCUCUCUCUGGGUUUUUUUUUUUUUUUUCUUCUUCCUCCAUACACGUUUUUCCUUAUCUCUUUAUCUCCCCCUUCUUUUCUUUCUUUUUCUCCCUCAUUCAAGAAGUGCUUUCUCUCUUUUUUUUUUCUCCAGCUCCCGGUCUCUGGUGUUUUUUUUUUUUUUUUUUUUUUUUUUUAACUUGAUUCCAGGAUAGCCGUUGUGUUUGUGAGGAGGGAAGGUGGGAGAGGGCAUUUGUGUAAUUUCACGGUAAGAGCAGCUUUCUCUCCACAGUUUUCCUCCCGAUUUGGGAGGAAAAAAAUUGGUGGGUCCGGGAGGAAAAAUUUCUCCCGGAUUUUCCAUCCUCUCUGUUUUCCUUUGCUUCCCAAACAGUGGAAAAUACUGUUUUCCACACCAUUUUCCACCCAUUGUUUUCCAUUCUCCCUAUAAUCCCUCCAACCAAACAUAGUGUUAGAGUGAUGUAUGUUCCAAUCAAAAUUUGUGACGUCAGCAUGACAAAUAUUGUGAGAGUGGGUGUUAUAUGCUUAGCAUUUCUGUGCCAGAAUAGCAUACACAUUGCUUUUUUACUUUCUUUUUCUCUUGUAUCUCUUUGGAUUCUGAUUCAUACUAGGAUGGGCUUUCGAGGUUUCUGUUUAUACUUGGCUUUAUUGGCUCUCAGUUUGGAGCCACGGAACCUGAAAUCUGAGGAACUGACAUGCAAUCCAAAUGACUUGAGAGCCAUGGCUGGUUUCUCCAAUUGUUUAGAGUCAGCAAUUGCUGGGUGGAACAGCACUGUAUCUCCUGAUUGCUGCUCUUGGUCUGGAAUCACUUGUGAUAAUUCCACUGUUUCGGGAAGAAGGGUGGUUGGCUUGGAACUUGGUAGCAAAAGACUUACUGGGAAGAUCUGUGAAUCUUUGGCAGGAUUGAAUCAGUUGAGAGUUCUAAACCUCUCUCAUAAUUUCCUCUGGGGUUCCCUUCCUACUGAGUUGUUUAGUCUGCAAAACAUAGAGAUCAUAGACUUAAGUAACAAUGAUUUUGUUGGGUCCAUCAACAACAAAGGUAUGUGUACAAUAUCUACAAGAAUUCAAGUGCUUAAUUUCUCUAAUAACCAUUUUUCUGGACAAGUUCCAAAAGAUUUAGCAAAUUGUACUUUUCUAAAUCAUCUCUCUUUUGAUGGGAAUAGUUUAUCAGGGAGUUUGCCCGGAACUCUCUUCCAGCUAAAAAAUCUUAGUGAACUGAAUCUUCAGGGUAAUAGGAUAUCUGGACCAUUGAGUAAUGGAAUUGGUAACCUCUCUAACCUUGUCAAGAUGGAUAUCUCCUCUAAUUUGAUUUCUGGAGUUCUUCCAGACAUUUUUGGGAGCCUUGCAAGGCUUGAGCACUUCUCAGCCAUGUCAAAUUCAUUCACUGGUCAUUUGCCUAAUUCGCUGGUAAACUCCCCAUCACUUCAAAUGUUGAAUUUGAGCAACAACUCUCUAAGUGGUCCAAUCAAUCUCAACUGUUCCGCAAUGAAAAAUCUUGUCUCCCUAGGCCUUGGUAGUAACCUAUUCCUUGGUCCAAUUCCUGAUGGUCUUUCCUCCUGCAGAGGAUUGAAAGCACUCAAUCUUGCCCGCAACAACCUCGGCGGUGAACUCCCUAAUAACUUCAAGAAUUUGAAGUCUCUAACACAGCUCUCACUGUCAAACACUAAACUUAGUAAUAUAUUAUCAGCUCUUAGGAUUCUACAACAUUGUAGGAAUUUAAGUAUGUUGGUACUUACAAGGAACUUUCUUGAUGAACAAAUUCCAAAUGAUGCGAGUCUGGAAUUCAAAAACCUCAACAGUCUAAUUCUUGCCAAUUGUCAACUCAGAGGUCCAAUCCCACAAUGGUUGAGUCGUUGCCACAAGUUGCAGUUGUUGGAUUUGUCUAGGAAUCAUUUGGGGGGAAACAUACCAUCAUGGUUCGGAAAGUUUGAUUCUCUCUUUUACUUGGAUUUGUCUAAUAACUCUCUCAAAGGUGAGAUACCAAAGAGCUUGACUGAACUACAAAGCCUCAUAAGUGGGAAUAUCACAAUAGAAGAGCCUGUCUCAAGCUUUCAAUUUCAACUUGUUCAACAAGGUAGACCAACCUUAACUUAUAGACAGAUUUCAAGCUUUCGACCAACUUUAGACCUGAGUUACAACAAUCUCCAAGGCCCAAUCUGGCCAGAUUUUUGGAAUUUGAAACGACUCCAUGUUUUGAACCUGAAAGGAAAUAACCUAUCCGGCCCUAUUCCAAAUAAUUUAUCAGGGAUGAGAGACUUGGAGAAACUUGAUUUGUCUCACAAUAAACUAUCAGGAGAGAUACCCCGUUCAAUGGUAAAUCUUAGCUUUGUGUCAACUUUGGACGUAUCCUAUAAUCAUUUGUGUGGGGAAAUCCCUAAAGGAGGUCAGUUCGAUACUUUUCCCAGUACAAGCUUCGAGGGAAACAAUGGUCUCUGUCGUGCAGAGUACUGUACUUGUCAGUCUGAACAGACUUUUAUCAGGAAGAAAAAAACGACAAUUAUUGGUCUACCAUUUGAAAUUGGAGCUGCUACAGGUUUUGUUCUAACUGUCAACUACUGCUUCUUGUCCCGAUAGUCACUCUCAUAGCCAAAUAAGAAGGCAAAACAUAAAAAUUAUAAUUAGAGAUUAAAGUAGGUGUAUUUCAAAGAACAAAAAUAAUAUGUAUUACCUCUUAUUUGAUAGUGUGCCAGAUUUCCUUGAGUUCAUUUGGGAAUCGGAUUGGUGAAGUAAUGUUAAUGAAAUCUUCUGUAUGGUGUUUCUGUUCUUAAUUAUA